GACCCUUCGUCUCGUCAUAUUCCAUGUAUUUUACUUUUAAGUGGUUGAUGGCGUUUAUAACGGUGAAGGGAAAACGAUAGUGAUCGUUAUUAUAAAUUCAUUGUUACAUAACGUAAACGGGUAGAAAAAGGAUGAGGGAAAAAAUCAAAGAAUCCAUUUCCUUUCGGAUCUUGAAAAAAUUUGUCAAGCAAUGAUGUCAUUCAUUUUUUAGUUAUGGCUUUUUCUUCUAUAUUAAAGUAUUAUAUCGGUACUUUUUUACAAGUGGAACAAAGUUUGCCGCUUUAAUGGACUUUUCAAUUAUGGUUUAUGAUUACGUAGCCUUCCAUAGGGAGAAAGGUAUACAUAAUAAGUGUUGCGGUGGAAAGUUUUGGUGCAUCAAGGAUAUUUGUGGAAUUAUAUGUGCGGUCCUGACAUGGCUGCUAAUAAUUUAUGCGGAAUUUGUAGUUAUGGCUGUUAUCCUUAUUCCUUCUAUAAAUACUUUAUAUUCAGGCCUAAACAUGGCAGUGUUUCAAUCCUUAGCAUUUUUGGCAUUUGCUUCUCAUUUAAGGACAAUGUUUACAGAUCCAGGUGCUGUACCAAAGGGUAAUGCGACAAAAAAAAUGAUACAACAAAUGGGAUUCCGGGAAGGUCAAGUUAUCUUUAAAUGUCCAAAAUGUUGUUCUAUAAAGCCGGAUAGAGCUCAUCAUUGUUCGGUUUGUCAAAGAUGUAUUAGGAAAAUGGAUCAUCAUUGUCCAUGGGUUAACAACUGUGUCGGCGAAAAUAAUCAAAAAUACUUUGUAUUGUUCACUUUUUACAUAGCAGGUAUAUCCCUACAGUCUCUUCUUUUGUGCAUACAACAAUUUACAACGUGCGUGAGGCAAGAAUGGAGAGAAUGUUCGACGUUUAGUCCACCUGCGACCGUUGUCCUUUUACUAUUUCUAGCAUUCGAAGCACUUUUAUUUGCCAUUUUUACAGCUGUAAUGUUGGGAUCGCAACUGCAGGCUAUUUGGAAUGAUGAAACUGGUAUAGAACAACUUAAAAAGGAGGAAGCACGAUGGGUUCGUAAUAGCAGAUGGAAAUCCAUACAGGCCGUUUUUGGUAGAUUUUCUAUUGCUUGGUUUUCUCCCUUUACUUCUCCUCCGAAUGCAAAAAAGAAGUUAGAUGCCUAUUUAUAUACUGUAUAAGUUAUUUGGAUAUGUGAUUGUGACACAAAUAUUUAAUACAUGUAAAUAUAAGGUAAAUAUGACACAUUGUAUCGAAUGCAUGCUUGUGUAUCCGCGCAUACACAAUAUCUCUCUUUCAAUAUAUACAUAUAUAUUGAAUAAUCUUCAAUGUAUGCAUAUGUGUGUAUGUAUACAUGUUUAUGUAUACAUAUACGUACAUUACAUAUAUAUAUAUAUGUGUAUAUAUAUAUAUAUAUAUAUAUAUAUAUAUAUAUAUAUAUAUAUAAAACGUGUAAACGCAAAUGUACUGUGUAUGCACAAGCAGAAAAUGUAAUGAUGCUGUUUUCCAAAAUAUCAUAUAUACAAGUAGCAAUGAAAAAUACAUAUUAACGAUAACAUUCCUCCAAGAAGCUAUUAGUAGUUACUUCACAACAAUUUUGGGAGAACCUUUCCAGAAUAGUUCCAUUGGAACAUACUCGAUCUAUGGGAUAUUAGUCAGUACAUUGUAAGAUUAAUUUGCAAAUUUCGUAAAAAAUUGUUUAGUUAUAUUUUUUUAUUUAUUACAAAAUGCAAUGCGAGAAUUCGUACAGAUUAAAAGUGUAAUAAUAAAUGGUGAUAACGUAAUAGUACAAGUACUUAAGAAGUAUAAUUUUUAAAUAUUUACAUAAACAUAAAAUUUACAUUUAUUCGUUGUCUAUUUAACAUAGAUUUUUAUAUACAUACGAAUCAUAUCUUUAUGCGCUUAUUUAUUUAAGCGCAGAUGAAAGUAUUUUAAAGAAAUUAUAUGAGAAUGACGAUCUGUUUAUUUGUUAUAUUAUUUGAUAUUUUAAUUUAACAUGAUUCGUUUAAUAAGACUUUUUCUAACUGAAGUAAGAGAAAAACUACCAAAUAAAAUUAUAUUUUUUCUUCUUUCAUAUUGCAUCUAAUGCAAGGCAAUCUUGCAUAUAUUAUAUAUCAAUGAAAAUGUUCGAUCUUAACGAAUGAAUAAUAUAUUUAAAUAUAUUUAAUAGUUCCCUAUCACAUCAUGCUACGAACGUAAAUUAUAACACGAGGGAAAUUAUUAAGUAUAACUUAUAGGAAUAAAAUAAUUAUUUCUUCUUUUUAUACGAGGAAUUCUCUCUCUCUCUCUCUCUCUCUCUCUCUCUCUCUCUCUCUCUCUCUCUCUCUCUCUCAAUAAAAAUUAUAUAUUCAAUAGGUCAGUGCUAUAUAUAUUACAUUUUUAUAUUUAGGAUCGAGACUUAUAAAUAUUUUCUGUUUGUUACAGUUUGCUUUACAGUGUCAUUUUAUCCGUAAUUAUGGUUAAGUUGCGAGGAUAGUAAAAGCAAUGAGUUAUUUUGACAUAUAUGUAUAUCGUAUUUAUGGCUUGGAAAUUAUUUUUGAAAAAUGAUUUGCUUAAUGCUUUUAAAUAAUAUUGAAUAUAAAGUUUAAUUACAGAUUUAAGAAAUUAAUAUAACUCUUUUAUUUACAAUAGGUGAACAAGACGGAAAUGAUAAUAUAUAGAUAAUGAUAAUGUUCGAACAUUAUUCGAAGGACUGGUUGCAAAAAUGGUACAUGUACACUAUAUUUAUAUUUGAUUCAAAAUUGUUUAGAAUCGUUUAUGAAUAACUAGAAAGAAGAAAUGAUCUCUGAACCAUACAAAAGACUGAAACAUAGUGCUAAUAUCGCUCGAACAUAUGUAACACAUAAGCGAGUGGUUAAACCUGUUUAAUCCCUGCAGAUCUGUACUUUAAUAAUCCUCUUAAGAAUGUAUAGUUUAUAUAGAUUUGUUUUUUAGAAUCAAUUUUACAAAAUAUAAAUCCAUACGAUCUAAUUAAAUAUUUUUCUUUUUAGUUAUCACGUACCUUAUUUAUGGCAAUUUAAAAUUCGCAUCACCAUUCUUGCAUCCAGUUUCGUUAAUUAUACAUUAUUAACUUAAUUAUUAUUAUUAUUAUCAUCCAAUGUACACGACAAGUAAUAUUUAUUAGCGACAUCAUGGUAGAGAGAUAUUUUCAUAUAUUAAUUUUAUAUAUUCUCAAAUGCACCCUUUAGGAGAAGAAGAGAAAAAAAAUGAAAAUUCGAUGCACUUUGUAUACGCUAUAUCUUAUUUAUAUUUUGAUGUAAUAGGUCAUAUUUUAUGCAAUAUUAUAGAUAUGCGAAAAACGUA